CUUGCCUGGGCUGCAGGGGGAGGCCGCGGCGGCGAAGAUGGCGGACGGGAAGGCGGGAGAGGAGAAGCCAGAGAAGCCGCAGCGAGCCGGAGCCGCCGGAGGACCUGAAGAAGAAGCAGAAAAACCUGUGAAAACUAAGACUGUUUCUUCCAGUAAUGGAGGGGAAAGUUCCAGUCGCAGCGCUGAAAAGCGAUCGGCUGAUGAAGAAGCUGCAGACCUCCCAACAAAGCCUACAAAGAUCUCCAAGUUUGGAUUUGCCAUAGGUAGUCAGACGACAAAGAAAGCAUCAGCCAUCUCCAUCAAACUUGGAUCAAGUAAGCCUAAGGAAACAGUUCCAACUCUUGCUCCAAAAACCCUUUCAGUAGCAGCAGCUUUCAAUGAAGAUGAAGAUAGUGAGCCUGAAGAAAUGCCUCCAGAAGCAAAGAUGAGGAUGAAGAAUAUUGGAAGGGACACACCAACAUCAGCUGGACCAAACUCCUUUAAUAAAGGAAAGCAUGGCUUUUCCGAUAAUCAGAAGCUAUGGGAGCGAAAUAUAAAAUCUCAUCUUGGAAAUGUACAUGACCAAGACAAUUAAAUGAAGUGUUUUGUGAUUGGGGUGUGGGUGGGUGCAGUUAGAAGGAACAGUCUCCUUUUGUAAAGAAUGGUGUAAGACUAGCUUUGGAGCCGUAUUUUCUUUUCCUUUUUCUUCUUUUUCUUUAUCUUUUUUUUUUUUAAGAUUGAGUGGUACACUAAUAAAUGAGAGUUUGAAAUUAGAGGUAAUUUAUGUUUUAUAUACAGAUUUCAAGACAUUUGCUAAUUUUGUAGUUUCAUGUGAUUAGUUUCCAAAGGUUACAGAUAAUAAAGAAAUCAGAAGUGGUACCUUUCUAAGAAUUGCAUAUUUUUUUAGACACAACUAUUAGCACAUUAAGAGGGAAGCCAAAAGACACUGUCUACUUAAAACUGUGAGCAGUUCCUCUCCUGUGUCCACUCCCUCAUUACCUGAACUGUCUGGCUACCAGGAGCAGCCUUGUAGAGAGGGAGUAUUGGAUUGAGAAGACAAUGUUCCUGAACUAUCGACUGAAAGUAAAUUUAGAUAAAAUUAAAAUAAAUAAACCUUUUCCUAUGGGCAGUUCAUUUUGUUUUGGGUUGUCAUAUACUAGUAUUGCAUCGCUAUCAGUGAGUAUAGACGCUUUGCUCUUUAAAAAACAUUUUUUGUCAAAAAUUCUUACGUGAAGUAUUAUUAAAAAUAGCCCACUUCACUUUAAUGGAAAUUGUCUCCAUUCAGGAGUCUUCAGUGAACACUAUUUGCUACCAAAGUAAAUCAGUAUUUUGAAUGUGCUUCUCUUGGUUUUUAUUCUAGUUCCUAUAAGCAUUUCCACCAGAACUUGAGGCAAAUCAUAAGGAAGCUGUUUCUUUUAAAGUAAAAAAUCCCACCAAAAAUAUAAAUGUACAUACUGCUUUAAGUAUUUGACUGGUUUUUAUUUUUAACAGGUUUAAAUACCAAAAAAGGGGGGAAAGAAAUUUAACAUUGUAUGAAGACAGAUAAGGCAAUGCACUUUGUGACUUUUGAAGCAUUUAGGUUACUAACUCAUUAGCUCCAAUUUGAAUUGAACUCACAAGAUUUAUUUGUACAACUCCAUGACUUACUUUAAGUAUAUACAUAUUGUACAACUCCAUGACUUACUUUAAGUAUGUACAUAAUUGGCCAGUGGGUUCAAAAGCACAUUUUAAUGAUUGAAAUAAGACAGAAAAUGCUUCUUCAAACACAUUUUCAUUAUGAAGUCUCUCACAUACUCUUAGAUUUGUGUAUUGCUGGUGUUUGUUUUGUAUUUUUAUUGUAUAUGGGCUUUUUUAAUGUGACAGUUAAUGCAUCUUUAACAGUCACAGACAAAAUAAAUGAUGAGGUUUCCUUGAAAAUUACAAUGUUGACUUUGGAGGCAGCUUCAGUGGGUUUCAUUGGUGGUAGUUAUUCACUAAGCAUUUUUAAUGUAAUAAUUUCCAAGAAGCAGCCUGCAAAUAUUCGUAACACUUUGUUCACUGUAUUUAAGUUUACUUAAUAAGCCCCAAGUAAAACAAUGGAAAUGUACAUAGCACUGUUAGUUCUUACAUGGUUUAAGUAUAUCAAGAUACAUAAAUUUAACUUUUAUGUAGGCAAACUGUUCAUUUGUCCAUUUUACUGUUUGUUGAAAUAACAUCUCUCCUACAUAUUUACUUGACUCAAAUGACAUUAACCUGAGGUCAAGGUGAGGAGAGAGAGACGACUGAGCUGAAUGUCUUUACUAAAAUUACAAUAAAUUUUGUCAAACUUG